UUUGUGAAUCACGCUCUGGAGCUGCUCGUUUUAAGGAAUUACGGUCCGGAGGUGUGGGAGGACAUCAAGAGGGAGGCUCAGCUUGAUAUCGAGGGUCAGUUCCUUGUUAGAAUUAUAUAUGAAGAUGCCAAAACAUAUGAUCUUGUCGCAGCUGCAAGUAAAGUUCUCAAGAUUGACGCAGGAGACAUCUUGCAGAUGUUUGGGAAGAUGUUUUUUGAAUUUUGCCAGGAGUCGGGAUAUGAUACCAUCUUGCGUGUGUUGGGCUCAAAUGUUAGGGAAUUCCUGCAGAAUUUGGAUGCUCUACAUGAUCACCUGGGUACCAUCUAUCCUGGGAUGAGGGCUCCCUCUUUUCGCUGCACCGAUGCAGAGAAAGGAAACAAUCUGAUUCUCCACUACUACUCCGAGAGAGAAGGCCUGCAAGACAUCGUCAUUGGCAUCAUUAAAACUGUCGCUCAACAAAUCCACGGAACAGAGAUAGAGAUGAAGAUGAUCCAACCAAAAAGUGAGGAGUGCGACCACAUUAAGUUUCUGAUAGAGGAGAAGGACUCGGAGGAGGAGGCGUUCUACGAAGAUCUUGAUGGUUUCGAGGAGAACGGCACUCAGGAGACUCGGAUCAGUCCCUAUACCUUUUGCAAAGCCUUCCCAUUUCACCUCAUGUUUGACAAGGACCUGAUGCUCACACAAUGUGGGAACGCCAUUUACCGAGUCCUGCCACAGCUCCAGCCGGGUACCUGUAUCCUCCCUUCAGUCUUUUCUCUGGUCCGUCCUCACAUUGACUUCAGUUAUCAUGGCAUUCUUUCCCACAUCAACACCGUCUUCGUUCUGCGCAGCAAGGAGGGUCUGCUGAAUGUAGAGACUGUAGAGAAUGAGGACGAGCUGACGGGGGUGGAGAUCAGCUGUCUGAGAUUGAAAGGACAGAUGAUUUACUUGCCAGAGGCAGAGAACAUCCUUUUUCUUUGCUCACCCAGUGUUAUGAACCUGGAUGAUCUAACUCGGAGGGGGCUUUACCUGAGUGACAUCCCCCUACACGAUGCCACUCGUGACCUGGUGCUGCUGGGUGAGCAGUUUCGUGAGGAGUACAAGUUGACCCAAGAGCUGGAAAUCUUGACAGAUCGUCUCCAACACACACUCCGGGCCCUGGAGGAUGAGAAGAAGAAGACAGACAGAUUGCUCUAUUCCGUUCUGCCGCCAUCUGUUGCCAAUGAGCUGCGACACAAACGGCCAGUCCCGGCAAAACGCUACGACAACGUGACCAUCCUCUUCAGUGGCAUUGUAGGAUUCAAUGCUUUCUGCAGCAAGCAUGCCUCAGCCGAGGGAGCCAUCAAGAUUGUCAACCUUCUCAAUGAUGUUUACACACGUUUUGACAUCUUGACAGACUCUCGGAAGAACCCUUAUGUAUACAAGGUGGAAACAGUCGGUGAUAAGUACAUGACAGUGAGUGGCCUGCCUGAACCAUGCACACACCACGCCAAGUCAAUCUGCCAUCUUGCUCUCGAUAUGAUGGAGAUCGCUGGACAAGUCAAAGUGGACGAUGAACCUGUACAGAUCACUAUUGGGAUCCACACAGGAGAGGUGGUGACCGGGGUGAUUGGCCAGAGGAUGCCCAGAUAUUGCCUUUUUGGAAAUACAGUCAAUCUCACAAGUCGCACUGAAACAACUGGUGAAAAGGGAAAAAUAAAUGUCUCAGAAUACACGUAUCGGUGUUUGCAGUCUGCUGAGAAUGCUGACCCUCAGUUUCACUUGGAGUAUCGGGGCCCCGUCACCAUGAAAGGAAAGAAGGAGCCGAUGAAGGUGUGGUUUCUUUCCAGGACGCCCACCGACACAGAGUCGACCGCAGCUAAAGCUUAACCAACACCAUGAGUAUCACCUAAUCAAUGCUUCAGUAUUGUACUGUGUGCUGGCAUUGAGAGGCAGAGAUGAGAGGGAGCAGGCGAGAUAUAAAAUAAUGAUCGAUCCAGAGACAUGCAGAUAUUUUUAAUAUGAUAAAACACAGUUGUUUCAGUGUGAAUCUGUCCUAUUGCCCCCCCUCUCUCUGCUUGCCCAUGAUCUGUCAUGACCUCACUGUAUUUUAUAAUUGUGCAGUGCUUCAUGAAUAAGUAGAGGUUAGUGGUGCCGUAUGUGGUACAUUCAGAUUUGAUACAUCUUUGAAAAAAGCGGUGUAUUAUAGACAAUAGAGACUAUCACAAAAAAGUUUUAAUAAGAAAAAACAUUUUCCAUCACUUGUAAAUGCUUUUAGUUGCCAGUUCAGUCUCUUCUGUGAAAAAUACAGAGGAUUUAUAUUCUUAACUCAGCCAAAAACUCAUUUUACUCUAGAUAAAUUAAAUAUGUUUUUAAGAAUUGCAUUAUCUGAAUGACUCUUACAAGUCAUAAUGGCAAAAUCCUUAUUUAAAGUAAAAAAAAAAUAGAGAUCUGACUUUUAGGUGACAUUUUUAAAUAAAGUAUUAUGGCUCAAUAUCAUGUUUGUAUACAUAACUGUCAGUAUUUGUGUGGUCCAUUUUCGUUUUUUGAAUAUCAGAGUUAUGACAUUUUACACUGAAUAUGCUACACUGAUGUCAAGACCAAUAAAAGAAUUAAGUAUUUAGAUAUUAGAGAUACUGUAUUUAUAUAUAUUUAUAUCACAAUGUGCAUCAGUUCUUUGGCACAAAAACUACUAAGCUUACUACAUUCAUGUAUUACAUUGCAAAGAUGUAUUUCAUAUUUAUUUUUUAUUUUUAGAAGUCACAAAUUAUAAAGCAUUUGAGCCAUUAGUAUCUUCAGGUAUCUACCACUGAAAAUUAAAAUAGACAAGUAACUAAAAUGCUAGCUGUAUUUAUUGCACCUCUCAUUGCACAAUCUCCUUAUUUCUCCUUUUAUUAAAUAAUGCUGAGUGCUAUUUUCACUUCUACUGUACGUAUGUUACUGAGAUAGUUACAGAGGUACAUAUUUAUUAUUUGCUUUACUUUAUAUUAUUUUUAUUUUGAAAUAAAAACUAUAGUUUAAAAUGUAAUGAUGACCUUUAGAAAAGAAAAAAUAUAGUCAACUUUAUUAUGAAUAAAACUACUGUAUGUGCCUCCAUCAUAUUCAGAAUUAAAAUAAAACUUUUUGUGCUUUGUGUGUUGGCUUAAUUUCACAGGAGUAUAUGUACUAUAUUUGUUUUUCACCAUGUUUUCCAAAUGUUUAAUUACUACACUUCACAUAAUGUCCUUCCAGCUUCUUGUGCAAGAACAAACAGGUGCCUCUUGUACUGUAUGAGUGCAUUUCUGUGCUUGUAAGACAUGACUGUUUUAUCUGGCCAGUGUUUCUUUCGGGAGGCAACUAAUAAACAAGUCUUAAGAAGCGCA